UUCAGUUUACCGUCAGUCUUUUGUACGUGAGAAAUUCGUUCAAAAGAAAAGGGAAAAACAAUAAAAAAAACCGAGGGCUGAAGCUACAACAUUCUCGUGCGAGUCCUGUUACUAAUUACUCGGAUUGUCUCUAUAGUUGCCUGUCCAACCCAGAAGCUACCCACCACUUGGUCCAACUUACAGGGCUAUUGGCGUCGCGCCCAUCCGUUUCCAGAUUAAGACGUCCCCUUCCUGUCCGCAACACCGCGCGCCAGAAUCUAUAACGACCCGAUCAAAAUCAAGAACCAUCGCAGCCUACCAUGUCGUACUUCUUUGCAACGCCGGUCGAUAUCGACAUAGUCCUCGACGAUGCUGACGAGCGAUCUAUGGUGGAUGUCAAGCUAGACAAGAACCGGCGCGAGAAGGCCCCGCUGUAUAUGGACGGCGAGUCGGUCAAGGGCGCCGUGACGGUGCGGCCCAAGGAUGGCAAGAGGCUGGAGCACACGGGCAUCAAGGUCCAGUUCAUCGGCACAAUAGAGAUGUUCUUCGAUCGCGGGAACCACUACGAGUUCCUGUCGCUAGUGCAGGAGCUCGCGGCCCCGGGCGAGCUGCAGCACCCCCAGACGUUCGACUUCAACUUCAGGAACGUGGAGAAGCAAUACGAGUCGUACAACGGCAUCAACGUCAAGUUGCGCUACUUUGUGCGCGUUACCGUCUCGCGCCGCAUGGCCGAUGUCAUCCGCGAGAAGGACAUCUGGGUCUACAGCUACCGCAUCCCGCCCGAGAUGAACAGCAGUAUCAAGAUGGACGUCGGCAUCGAGGACUGUCUGCACAUAGAGUUCGAGUACAGCAAGAGCAAGUACCACCUCAAGGAUGUCAUCGUGGGCCGCAUCUACUUCUUGCUUGUACGGCUCAAGAUUAAGCACAUGGAGCUCAGCAUCAUUCGCCGUGAAACAACGGGUGUUGCCCCGAAUCAGUACAAUGAGAGCGAGACCUUGGUGCGGUUUGAGAUCAUGGACGGCUCACCAUCAAGAGGAGAGACCAUUCCCAUCCGACUGUUCCUAGGCGGUUUCGAUCUGACACCCACCUUCCGUGACGUCAACAAGAAGUUUUCCACAAGAUACUACCUCAGUUUGGUUCUCAUAGAUGAAGAUGCCCGUCGGUACUUUAAACAGUCAGAAAUCAUCCUCUACCGACAAGCCCCUGAAAUCGCAGCUGCGGCGGCCGCUGCCCCACCCGGUCAAAACGCUCUACCAGCGCCGCCUCCCAACGAUAAUAGGCUUGCGGGGAUACCUGCUGCUUGAGCAGCCGAUCUCGAUGAACUCGCCAAGUGAAAGUGGAGCAAGCGAGCGAA